GAAAAGCAAAAUGAAAAUCCGGUUAAUAAAUCUAAUGUAAUUUUGAAACGCGAUGAGAGUGAAGUCGACGAAGAAACGUUUGUGAAGAAAUCCGUCUCAAAACUUGGAGAAGACGAGGAUGAGAUCAUUAACCAAAUCAAAAACGAUUUGGAAGAUAUGAAGAAUUUAAUCGAAAAUGGAAUGAUUGAUGAGGAAACGAAAGAAACUGAAUCGUUGCAUAAUGAUAUUUAUGAGAAUGCUCCAACCAGGCCCGUAACGUCUGAUAUUUCUCCAACGGAAAAUGUGCAAGUUGUAAAGGAAAAUAAUAGGAGGUCCGAUGCAAAUAUUCCUUCAGAGCCAGUUAAGAAUUUCGUUAAAAUUCCGGAGAAUAAUUUGAUUGGAAGUGACAAGAAUCUUGCGGAAGCCGCAAUCAAAAUUCAAAGUACAUUUAGAGGAUAUAAAGUAAGGAAAAAUAAAGAUGAACCUGUAUCCAACGUUGGAGAAAUCGCUGAUAAUAAUAAUAAAGAGGAUCAUAAGAAUAAGAAUGAAGUGAUUAAUGAUGUUAUCGCGAAGAUUGAAGCGAAGCAGAAAGAGGAGUUGGAGAAGAUUGCGAGUCCAAAGAUCCAGAGUAAUAAUAAGAGCGUGGAUGAGUACAUCAACUCGCUGAUUGAAGAGCAGCCGAAAGUUAAACCGAGUUUAGGGCAGUUCUUCCAAAAUUUGGCUAAACCGACGAUCAACAAAAUCAAUAACAAAGAACUAGAAGAGCCGAAUUUGGAUAAGUUGAAAGUGAAAUCAGAUGAGAUAGAGAAGCAGGUGAAGUCGUCCAUCGAAGAUCUGGAAAAUUUGAGCAAGGAGAUCGAGAAUGAAGAGAAGAAAGCCGAGCCGUUUUACCUUCACGAACCGAGCAAGAAGAAGCUGGACACUCCGAUCUCGGCAGCGUUCCGAGCCUCGCCACAAGUUGGUAAUUAUUCGCCAACUAAUAUUCAGGUUGUAGUUCAGGAUCAAAGGGGAAAUUCGCCGACAUCCGUUCAAUCCAUCCAAAGUCAGGACGGUUUGACCUUCCAGGCCAACGACGCUCCAGGUCAAGUAUUUGUAAUAAUACAGGUGCUAAGGCAGUGACGUCGGACAUCAUCAUCAGCGGUGAUGGAAGUGGCGCGGACGUCGCGCAAGCGU